GCCGCGGGUGGCAAUGGUGGGGUAAUAUCUUUAUUGGUAUCGUUCCUGUUGUGUUCACAGCGCCUUAUUUAGCGGUCCGCCCAUGCCAGAACUCGCCAGGCAUUACAAUACAUCUUGAAACCGAAGCAGAGUCCGCAAUGCCUCCGCAACUCUCGUUGGAUAUAAAGCGCUGUAACCUGCGCGGAGACGGACACUUGCGAGAUAUAAUUUCUCCUCCUCCGGAAAGAGUAGUAACGGUGCAUGAAUAUGUGACUUUACAAUUGUAAGUUAAUUCUCGCGAGAUGGAAUCUUAUAUGGGAUGAACAAAAAGACUGACAAGUACGUUACGAUACGACAAAAAUACAGGUGCAAGAAAAUACAAAGUGCAGGCCUUAUUCCGCUUCUAAUUCUCCAUCAUCUGAUCGGACUUUUAUAAAUCCUAUUUUUUCCCUGAUCGUUGAAUUUCUACUUUCACGAAGCUAAUGUUCUUGUCAAUAUUAAUUUAAAAUAAAAUAAAAUUUAGGUGUCGAAUUAUAUUAAUAAGGAUAAAAGGCGAUAAAAAAAAAUGAACUGCGAAUCCGCAAAAUUGCUCCCGAAGACGAGGCGCUCGACGACUGGUAUUUUUCAAAAAGCAGAGCCAAACGGCGUCACCGGGACAGCAUGAGACAACAGGGAUGUUUUUACAACUGGUUUACGAUGGUAUAUAAUUGACGAAUCGCGCGAGCCGCUGGCAAUGUACAAAGUUUCAUCGACGAUGAAGAUAUUCCUCGUGUAUUUCCUCAUCUGGGGACUGGCGAGUGGUGAGUUCCUCACACCAGAACAAUUGCUCGCCGGUGUCUCGGCCGAUUCUUUCGCGACGAGCGUUGCUCUCGGCAAUCUGCUACCGGAUCAAAAAUCGCUGGCCAGUUCCUCCAGCAACGCGUUUACCAACAGUCAAGUGAAUAGUCAUCAGGAACUUGAGGUGAAAUCUCAAGCGCAAUCGUUGGCACAGGAGAUUUCGAAUGCGAUCGGACAUGAAGACAAUUCGGCGAAUGCCAAGGCCAACGCGGCGGAGCAAGCAGCCUCCUUAACGGAGCUCUUGCAGCAAAGCGGCGAAAAUUUCGGAAACUCCGAAUCUCUGUCGAAAAUAAUUGCGGAAAAUAAUUCCCUGUCCAAGGAGCAGGCUACGACUUCGACUUCGGAAUCGGAAAAUUCCGGAUCCAUAAAGAGGAAGUACUUCGUCACGAAUUACUCCUCGUCUUCAUCAUCGUCUUCGACUUCGUCUUCGUCUUCGUCGCAGUCGGACAGCUCUUCCAAGGCAUCUUCGAGCUCGACAGCCACAGCCGAUGCGAUAUUCGACACCAACGCUGCUUUCUCCUCCACGUCCUCCAGCGCAUCAUCUUCCUCGAAGAGCAAGGAUAUUUCGGCGAAGGCUAUCGCCAAAGCGGAAGCCGAAGCAAAGGCGGCUUCAAAAGCGGCGGUGGUCGCUCAAGCGGAGGCCAAAGUUCAAGCCAAAGCAGCCGCUCGCGCUGAAGCGGAAGCCAACGCGGCGGCAGCCGCGAAAGCACGAGCGGAAGCGAAGGCGCGAGCCGAAGCCGAGGCCCGGGCUCAAGCGGAAGCGCGUGCGGAAGCUUCCGCGCGAGCCGAGGCCAAGGCUAAGGCGGAAGCGUCGGCCAAGACGGAGGCCAAGGCGGAGGCCGAAGCUAAGGCUAAAGCUGAAGCUGAAGCACGAGCUGAAGCGGAAGCACGAGCUGCGGCGUCCGCGCAAGCUGAAGCCGAAGCGCGGGCGCAGGCCAAGGCCGAGGCGGAAGCAUCCGCGCGAGCGGAAGCGAUCGCCCGAGCGGAGGCGGAAGCGCGCGCCAAGGCGGAAGCUCGAGCGGAAGCAUCGGCGCGGGCUGAAGCUAGAGCGAAAGCUGAGGCUAGAGCGAAGACGAAAGCCGCGGCUACGGCCAAGCUGGCCGCGCUAACUAAGACGGUGGCUGAGGCGUACGCUAACGCGAUAUCUAAGGCAAAGGUGUCCGCUGAGAAAAUCAAGGUAGCAAGCGAGGCCACAAGGCGUGCGGUGAAGGCGAUCAAGCUGGCGUCUGCGGCGCAAGACGAAGCUGCCGUCAAGGCGUCCAUCGCCGAGGAAGCGGCCUCCGCCGCCGCCAUCGCCACCGGCGAAGCGAACGCUGCGACAGCCGCGGUCCAGGCUGCCCUCAUGCUGACCAUGAUGAUCUCCCAAUCCGCGGAUCUUACCCAGAAAAUGGCUGCCUCUUAUGCCCUAGAACUUGUCAAAGCAGUCACAGCUGCCGAAGCCGCUAUCAGAUUUGUUAAAAUUAAAGCAUACAGCGCUGAGAAGAUAGUCGCUCUAGCGAUAGCCGCCGCCAAAGCGGCUAUGUCCAAGCAUGCGGCGAGUAAUCAGAAAAUUGAAAGUUUGGCCAUGUAUGAAGAAGUGGUCAAAGAAGACAGCGCCAAGGCCGCUGCCGCGGAGUCCGUCGCUUUGGAGUACGCGAACAAAUUUUAUCGCGAAAUGGAAGAAAUGGCUGAGAGACGAGCCUCCACAUCCGCCAAGCAGGAUUCAAGAGUCGCGAGUUUGGAGUCGACCAUCGCGGCGCAAGCGAAUCCUCUCAAUGUCGUGAGGGAUGGAAUUGUCGUCGGUUUGGGCAACACGCCCAAGUUGUCGAACAAACUUGUCCAAUUGAAAGCGAAACAUUAUUUAUUAAAAUUACUUUUCGUUAAUUCCCAUCGGGCAUCAAUCCGCGAAGAAAUCUCGUCGAAGAUGAAGAUCCCAGCGAUAAUCGCAACGACCCUCCUCCUCUGGGGUUUCGCCGACGCCAGCGGGCGGCUUCUCCUCGGCAAUUCGGCCGCGGACGCGUCCGCUUCCGCCUCGGCCGACUCGUGGGGCUCAUCGGGUGGCUGGAGGAGCGCCGGUGCCGGUGCCAAAGCGUCCGCGUCCGCGUCCGCCAGAGCCAGUAGCAACAACAUCCUCAGCCGCAUGGGUGCUUCGAGCGUGGCUUCGACGUUGGUGGCGUCCGCCGCGGUAGAGACCAGGGCAGCUCUGCGUGCCGGCAAGGCGACCGCCGAAGGACAGCGGGAGGCGUUAGAGUUACUCACCGUGUCCGCCGAGAAGAACGCCAAGGCACGCUCCCAGGCCGACGACGCAGCCGUCCUGGUCCAGGGCGCCGCCGAAGCGCAGUCGGUCGCCGCCGCGAAAACGAUAGCGGUCGAGCAAGCAGCCGCUUCCCUGAGUGCAGCUGCGAUCGAGGCGGAGGCCGCUGCCACCACGUCCAAGAUAUCGGCGAACCAGGCACUUCAAGCCGCGCAGACGGCCGAUUCCGCUCUCAGAACCUCCGCCGGUAGCGCCUUGACGACUCUCAAAUUGGCGCGCAUGCAGGGUGCGGCUGCCGAGGCUGCUGCCGUGCAGGCACGGAAAGCGUCAGCUCUAAAUCAGGAGGCCAACGCUGCCGCUCAACGAGCCAUGGCAGCUGAGAGCGCGGCCGCUGCCGCAGCAGCCGCCGCCGCUGCCAGACAAUCCGAGGCAAGGGACGCCGGCGCCGCGGCCAAGGCAGCGAUAGCAGCUCUUAUCACUGCCCAGAGGAACUUCGUACAGGCCAAGAACAGAGCGGCCCAAGCCAGCGAAGUAGCCGAACAGGACACGCAAUCUAGAGCGGCCGAUGCCAACGUAAAUGCCAUCGCCCAAGCAGCCUCCAAGGCCAGCAUCCGCAAGAAGCAGCUCAUUGAGAUCGGCGCGGAAUACGGCAAGGCCAGCGGCGAUGUUAUCGUGACUGGUACACGCUCCAGCGGAGGCAAGGGUGCCGUCGUUACCGCCGAGGCUCAGAGUAGCGCGACAGCCAUCGGCAUCAAGAAGGGACAUCAUCUCAGAUGGGGACACAACAAAUGGGGUCACGGAUACGGCGCUUCGCGGGCGUCAGCGGCCGCCAAUGCGGAAAGCUCCGCCGACGCCGGCGCUCUCCUUUUGUAAACAGCAAACAGCGAGCGAAAUGGCGCCGCGCGCUUUCCUCAGUCAUUUUUAUUUAGCGGAGGAUAAUACGAAUCUUGAUCUACUACGAAUUGUCCUAGAUUAAAACAGGAUUACACACCGGCAGGAAUUAAAAAAAAUUACAACA